UGCUUUAAAUGUUCAGUGUUAAGUAGCUAAGUGAUUGGGGAGGACUGAUCGACAGAGAAAGAAAAAAAAAAGAGGAUGGGCAGAUGAAGAGAAUGGAAAUGUUAUACUAUGAAUAUGCUUUCCUUCAUCCCAUCCCUCCUCCUCCCCCGUCUCUGGCACUCCCUCAAGGCCAUGUUAUUGUUCCUGCCUAUCAGUGUCAUUACCAUAGCUAGUGCUGAAAGAGAGUGGUUAAAUUGAAGCAGGUGAGAGUGGACACGAGACACAGAGAAGGAGCGCGGCAGGCACCGGCAGCCCACCUGCGUUCUGCUCCACUUUUAACAGACUCCUAAGAGGAGGACAUUGCAUUAUCAAGAGGAUUGCUGACAGCUCCAGAGCUGAUAAUGCAUUUGUGUCCUUAGGGAGGCAAAGUGAUGAGAAGAUAAAAGAGGAAUCACUGGAACAGGGAUAACACUAGAGCUCAAGUUAUCAGAACAGUGAAUCUGCACAAGGAAGCGAGUGGAAGACCAUAAUCCUGUGAGAUGGAGCCGAGCCCAGUGGUGUGGCACACCCAGGGGGUCCUGCUGGAAACUGACCUGGAGAGGGUGAGCUCUCAUCCCGAGUGCUCCAUCUGCUUCAACACCUACGACAAUGUCUUCAAGACGCCAAAACAGUUGGACUGCACGCACACCUUCUGCCUUGAGUGCCUUUCCCGCAUCAUGGCUACCUCCAUGGACCCUCAAGACCCUAAAAUCUCUUGCCCCUUCUGCCGCCACCCCACUACCAUCCCAAAAAAGGGGCCUCCAGCGUUGACCACCAGCCAGGAGGUGCUGUGUCGCCUGCCAGUCCACCAGCAGCAGGAACAGCCCGUGUGGAUGGACGGGGAGAGGCUGUGCUACCAGCGACCAAUAGACAUGCCAGGCCUGCCAGCGUUCUGCAUCUGCGUCGAUAUUGGGGCCAGUGGGCAAAGUGGCGUAUCUUCUUCCCAAACUCGACCGCGACUUGGGCUUCUGGAACGGUUGAUGGAUUGGAAACGUUUGCUGCUCUUUAUAUUCCUCAUGGUGUUGCUGUUGGGGAUCGUUUUGUGGCCCCUGCAGUGCAUUGUCACGACUGGCUCCAUGCGUUGUUCAUCCAAUAACCUGCAGAUGCCUACUACUACAGCUUCUACUACCACACUCACAUCAGUAACACGUAAGUGAGACUGACGUCUAGAUUGAUGUCGGACUUGCAAAACCAGGUUGUCCGUUUAGACCGUUUACAUCCGUAAGUCCUUGCCAAGCCUGUUGGGUGCUGAAGGAGUUACAGCAAACAGCAAGGCUGCAGUAAAGACUGAAGAACUGCAUUGGUAUCUUUAUUAUCAGAAUAUGUGAAUGAGUGUCAAAGCCAAGUCAGUGCACAACAAAAUUGAUUGAUGGCUAAAUGUCUGCCUACAUUGAUCACAUUUAAAAAAAAAAAAAAAAAAAAAACAGCAGCAAAAACAAAAAAAAUUGAGCAAAUGUAAAAGUGUGGUCACGUUAACGAAAAACAAGGACAAGGUGAUACAUGGAGCACCACUCACAUAGAAGUUACUUUCAAACCAAGCAGCGUUCUGUUGGCGAAUUAGUGUGACCAACAUGAACACAAGUGAAAUCUGCAUGGGGAACUCUUUCGCCGUCGCACAAAACUCCCAAUCGCAUGGAUUUCUUUUGAAAUGACUGGAUUUUGCCCACAAAACUUCAACAAGUGACAGUAAAUGUGAACUUAAUCCAAAGAAAGCUGAAUAUUUUCUACAUUUGUAUAUUUGUUUAUAUAUUUUAUUUGAUUGUAUUCCAUUCCAUGACAUGUAUUUUGUUUAAAAAAUAAAAAAUAACAGUUCCUGCAAACAGCACAAGGAAGUUCAAGGAAUGGGGUCAGCGAAUGUUUUUCAAUUUUAAUAGGUACAAUAUUCAUGAUAUCACUGAUAACACUGACAAAAGACAGGAAAGGCAAACAGAUUCACGUGGCUCUAAUUUAUCACUUCCUUCUCUGGGACGGUUAAACGAACACGCCUCAAAGAAUAACCGUCUGAAACCUAAGCCCUCCAGCGACGUGUCCUGUUAACUCACUCCCACGCCCACGUAAACUACUCCACCGUGUGUGUUUUGUAGGGAUGAAUUAUUAGCUUCCCACACCUAGGUGUUUUUAUGAGAAAAUGAAUGUCGAGUUGAUUAUUAUUAAACCCUGAAGAGACGAGGAAACUAUAAAGAAGAAAGGAAAUAAUAUAUGGGUCAGCAACUGUUUGUUUUUGGCGUAAGGUGAAAUGAGUCAAAGACAAUUAGUUGAAAGUUCCCAGUGUAUGCUUUAUUAUUCAAUAUCUAAUCCUGAAUUCUCAUUUGAGACGCAAGUCAUUACAUCAGCUGUAUUUUCCAGGGCAGAAGGCAUUUUAGGCUGAACCAGUGCAAGAGGGAACACAGUCUUUACCACACAAGGACAGUCAGCACAACACGAUUCAGAUCAAACCUACUGAUCACCAACUGAGAUUAAAAACACUCACCAACAUAGUAUUCAAGUAAAUUUAAAGAGAAGACUUCAAAAUUAUGAUAAAGCGAGCAGAUAGUUAUAUACUGUAACUGUUGAUGUUUUGUAUAAUAAUAAUAAUAAUAAUAAUAAUAAUACAUGUUAACAAAUCAUACUAAAACAAAUAUGCUAAACAGCUGUGAAUAUUUCCAUGACUGUAUUAACAAACAAGUGAAAUGUAUAAUUUACAACAAAUCAAUAAUUGACCAAAAAAAGAAAAGAUCUAUAACGCAAAACACUACACUGAUCAAGACAAAAAAGAAAACUCAGAACAAAAGGACAUUCUGGCAGCCCUGGACACUAUACCUUUCAGCAGUUCAAGUCUUAAUACGUAACUCAAUUUUUGACCUUUUACCCAUUUUCACAGA